GGCCACCGUCUAUACGAGCCAGCUUGCCCGCUCCCAGAUCGAGCUGUACCAGCAGCAGCUGUACAGUGACGUCGAUUACGUCAUCUACCCGAUCCAGGAUCCAUCGAUCAGCCAGCAGGAGUAUCUGGACGCGAAGCAGGGUUCGAUCCUGGCGGCCAUGGCGGCCCAAAGCCCACCACCACCACCCUACCUCGCGUACCACACCGUCCGGGCACACAAUCGGAGCUGGGAUGCGUGCAAAAACCACGCCAUUUACCGCAGCACACCCUACCUCUCGAUGGCACUGUCGUCGAACUCACGGUACGCCUCCACUCAGAACCUCUCCGAUACGUACGUCCAGCUGCCGGGUGCCUACUCGCCGCUCUACAGUCCCUCGAUGGCGAGCCUUUGCUCCUCGUACGAACCACCACCACCGCCACCGUUGCGGCCCCGACCGAAGGCACCUCCGACGGCGGCAGCGGCGGCACCGUCGGCGGCGGCUGCUGCUGUCUCCGGGUCGCCGGCCCUCUUCGCACGCUCCCGGUCGGACGAUAACAUACUGAAUUCGUGCGAAAAUACGCCGAAAAUCCGGCGGCAACCACCGCCACCACCACCACCACCGUACGAAAGCAAGAAAGCGAUCCGGAAACCACCGUUACCGUUGCCACCGACGUCGGUGGCGGUGACGUCCGCGAUGCUACCACUCAAGCACCCGUCGCAACCGCAACCACCACUACCACCACCGUCAUCCUCCGUCUCCUCCUUAUCAUCACAACAGUCACCGUCGGUGUACUUCAACAGUCCAGCGGAACGGCCACCGGAAGUGCCUGCGAAACCAACACCACCGAAACCGAGUGGCCCGAGUGCCAAGCUGCAGGCCCAGAUCAAGAAGCAGUAUCCGGACUUUGAUCUGAGCAGUCUAAUGUCAACGACGUCGUCAAUGGGGAUGACGACCACCACAACGCAGUCUGGCAGCUCGACGACGGCAGCAUCGAACGAUCGUACCUCGAUCGACAUCAAGACACUGCGCGAAAAGAGCAAACAUCUCGAUCUGCCCCUCAUCUCGGCACUCAUGCACGAUCGCUCGCUACUGAAGCAAACCCGGGCCUUCGUCAUGCCGAAGCACCCCUCCUCGAAGCACUCCUCACCGAGUGCGGGCGGGGUGCGGGACACCGUUCCGACCGCUACCAUCGUCAGUUCGUCCGUCAACGCCGGUGGAUCGCCGCCAUCGAUGGGCAAUGGUACCGGCGGCCCUGGUGGUGGUGGUGGUACCCCGGAGCAUGGUGGCAGCACCGGUGGUCAGCAAUCGUCACCCAAAUCCAAGUACCCGGUUUCGGGCCUCUCGACGACGCAGCUCGCGAAACCACGCAAAACCUCCGCCAGCCAUCGGCAUCCGAACGAUAAGCUGCCACCGUUGCCGGGCCAGACGGCCGAGGGUAACAACUACGUCAUGGAUCCGACACCGACACCGAUCAAGCAGAAGAGCUUCAGCCAGUCCUCCCAACCCAGUGCCUAGAGGAAGAGGAGGAAGAGGAGGAGGAGAAGGAGGAUGGAUGGCCGGCGCGAUUCGCACCCCGAACAAAAAAACCCACCGAAAAAACGCUCUCUGCCUCUUCCUUCCCCCUUUUUUUUUAGUAUAAAUAGUACAGUCUCUCUCUCUCUUACUCGGAUAGGACACAUACACACACACACACACACGCAAACUACUCAGGACAACAAGCAACAGCUGCAGCAGCAACGUUACUAAUCUCGUUUCACUUCCCUUCCCCGAAGCUGCUGCUCGAUAGUUCGUCGUUAAGUAAUUAAUAUUGUAUUCAUCCUGUGCGGGGAAGGGGAACGUGGACGUGAAAGACGUGAAAGCCCGGGAGAGGGAAGGGAGAGAGCGAGAGAAAUGGAAGCAACGAAAGGACGUUUUUAUAAAACUUUUAAUGGAUAGUAUUUUAACUAUGGCUUGUACAUACCUAUACAGAUAGCUCUAUAUGAUACGCGGCUAGAUUGUAGUAGUAGAAGAGCAACAACGGAGCAGAACAGAGCAGAGCAUGAGAGGACAUAGCAAGAGCAGCUAAUGGGAGUAGAUACGCUAGUGUGGAAGGCGAAGUAGUGAAGUGGCCUCGACCCCCGAUAUAUCCCUCCAAAUCGAACCUAACCGUUCGGUUACGGGUCUUACUGUGGUCGGGAUCAUCAUCAAACUUGGAUGAUAGAGCACACAUACACACACACCGACACGAACAUACACAAACACACACACAAUACACAAUACAAAGGAGGGACAAGACUAAUUCGCCUUAGGAGAAGAAACUUUCUGUAGAGACACACGAGGUGCACAAAAAAGCAGCAAAAGUGCUGCUUUCGAGGACCUGGAUUUGGCAUCUGUUCCACUGUUUUUUUUUUUUUUUGCUUUUUCGAAAAUCGGUUUAGAUACUUUCGGUUAAGAAUUAAACACCACCACCACCACCAACCAUUCGCCCCUCGGCGGGACAUUAAAUUCCACAUUCAUUAAACCAACGCUCAUUCCAACGCAAUUCCGAGCAAGAGCGGUAGCAGCUACUACGAGACGAUUUGCUCAAAACGAAAACUAAACUAUCGGUUUAGCAUUAGGAAAUGCUAAGGACAAACACACUCACCAGGUAGCAUGAAAUUAUGUUUUGGCCCAGGGCGCCACGUUGGUGUUUCAACAUUAAUCAGGAGAAGCGAAGCUUAGAAGUACGUACUAGCUGGGUAGUAGCAGGUUAUUAGAUCGCGCUUCGGUGGGCGUUAAGCGUGUACGUGUGCCACCCUCUUUCUCGCGGGAGCUUCUUCGAGGUCUUGUAUAGCAUAGUAAGAGAAUACAGGAGCUCUAGCGGCUUGGCGUUUAAGCUUUAGUAACAACCAACAACACGGGGCAACUCUCUCUCUCUUCCUCUCUCUGUCUCUCUGUCUCUGAUUGUCUCUCUAUCCGUUUUUAGUGGGUGGGGGUUUCCAUCUUCAUCCAUUCCUAAGGCAGGUUCUAGUGUUUAGGGCUUUCGAGGGCGGAGACGCCGCCGACGGGAUUAUUCGAUACCGAUACCGGGGAUUCGAGCGUCGAAUAGAGAUUAGAGGUAGCAGUAGUAGUAGCAGCUAGGUAGGAGCUAAGUAGGGGAUGAUUGCGUGAAAGAUAUGCCUGUGUAUUUGUGUGUAUGCAUGUGUGGGGGAAAUUGAAUGUUUGAUUCUAUACAAGUUUAAAUCGAUUCGUUUGUUUUUUAUUAACAAACUUCCAUACUUUUUUAUUAUACAAUUACAACAUUACUAUUAAUAUAUGUGUUUAUGUUUAGGUAGGCAACCAGCAAAUGAAAAGUAAAUCAACUCUAGAGAUCUAAUAAAAAUCAAAUACAAAUUCAACUGUGCCACUGUGUCUGUGUAGCUCGGACUCUCGGUCCUCGGUCCU